AUGGCCUGGAAACUCUUUCCUGACCUACAGGCUCUCUCGCAGCAGAUGUCGAAUGGAACAUCCAAUCGGCGUCCUGCACCUACGUCACUGAGGCGUGACCUUGGGCCAUGGCAGAUUUUCAUGAUCGUCAUAAGCGCCACCGUUGGUGUAGGCUUCUUCGUGAGCUCUGGAGAGAUCCUGGCGUUCGCGGGGCCUGGCACAGUGUUGGUGGCCUUUGCAUGCGUCGGCAUCGUUGCGUUCAUGGUCAUGGAGGGAGUCAGCGAGAUGGUCAUGGUCUGGCCGGUGCCAAACCCCAUGGUCCAGUUCGUUAGGCACUUUGUUGACCGGGACCUUGCCAUUGUCGUGUGCGUGGCUUAUUGGUAUACAUAUGCCAUUAGCAUGUCAGCCGUUAUUGCUACAUCUGGCGUCUUGAUCGAGUAUUGGAGCUCGGAGAACGUUAGCCGCGCUUUAGUCUACCUGCUCUUCCCGGUCAUCAUUCUACUUAUAAACCUCAACAGUGUUAAGGUUUUCGGGUUUGUCGAGCUUGUCGGUGGAUACAUAAAGCUUAUAAUCGUUGCUAUAUUGUUCUUCAGCAUGAUCGUUUAUAAUCUUGGAGGCGGACCCAAACCAGCCAUCCAUUCUAAAUGCAUCAAGGACGGCUUUCAAAGCAAUGAUGCCGUUGCAUCCACAAGGGGCACAGCAGCAGUUCUUGCAAUCAGCAUUGCAGUGUAUCCCUACAUUGGAAUUGAAGGCAUAACAAUGACAGCCUUCGAAGCAAGAGACACCAAAGCACUCAAGCGACCCGCAAGGCUCAUCACCAUCAUCGUAACAAUCACGUACCUCCUAAGCGUGCUCGGCUUCGUCCUCAACGUCAACUGGACCAACCCCUACCUCCCACGCUACUACAACCAAUGGGACCCAUGGAAAAACCCCGAAUUCAACUGCACAGGCACAGUCACAACCCCACAUCUCACACGCAGCACCAACGAGGCAAACCGCAACCACGAGCGCCCAGGGCUAGGCAGCAGCUCGGUCAGCUCGAACCACACGCUCCCAAUCAUCGCCAUCGAGCAAACCGGGCAAAAGCACUACGCCGACUUCAUCAACGGCUGCCUGCUGUACAGCGCGCUCAGCACAGCCAACACGGCCCUCUUCAUCGCGUCGCGCACGCUGUACGGGCUGGGCCAGAGCGCGCAGCAGGACAGUCCCAGCGCGCUGGUGCGCUUCGUGGCGCGCUUCGGGCGCGUCGACCGCGAGGGCGUCCCGCAGUGGGCUGUGUGGGGGUCGUUUGUCUUCGCGUGGGUCCCGCUGCUGUCGUUUGGCUCCGAGAGCGGCGCCCAGCGCGUCCAGCAGGUCCUGACGUAUAUCGGCUCCACCAGCUGUGUUCUCGUUUGGGCGCCGCAGAGUUGGGCUUAUAUUCGCUAUCAUAAGUGGUUGGAUAACCAUCGCGAUCGCUUGAAGGGCCCGAGGUAUGGUGUCUACGAUCCGCUGCUGAGGGCGCAGUAUUCUGGCUUGUUAAGGUCUUGGCAGCCUGCUAUUGCGUGGUUCUCGAUGCUGGCGUGCAUCAUUAUCGUCCUUGGGUUUGCUGGGGCAGGGAUGGCGAAGAAGAAGGAGAUUCUCUUGAAAGCGCUGGACAUCUAUCUCGGGCCCGGUCUUUGUUUUGUUCUUUUCUUGGUCCUGAAAUUCCUUAGGUGGCGUUCGCGAAUCGAUGGCUCCGGAUGGGUCAAGCUGGGUGACUGGGAAGAGCUCAAGGAGGAGCUUGAUCAUCUGACGAGUUUGGUUUACCCGGAACUUAAUGUCGAGGGGGACCAACGCCGCACUGCCGUCAAUACAGAAGGGGGUGUACGCGACGGCCUUGAGCUUCAAGCAGCCCAGCAUCACUCUUAUGAUACUUCGGAUACUGAAACAGACGCGCCGAAUGGACAUGCGCAGAUACCGAAUCAUCACCCUACAGUCCGCUCAGAGCUUCAACCCGGUGAGGCUUUAGCGAAAGAUGGAAGCGUGUAAUGGGAGAGAACCAGAGGAAAAGAAAGGGGAGGUACGGUUCAGAUUAAACGAGGAUACGGACGGUAUGAAAGCGGAAGAAGUGUGUUUGCCUUGUUCGAGCCAGGCUCCAUGAAAAGUUAGGGAAAUUUUCAAACCUACUUGGGACCACACGGUGCCCACAUCUUCUCCUUCACUUAUUCCGCGUCUCUCUCUACCCACACUCUAUCCUCAUGACGACGCCUUUUCUUUCGUCAUAACAAACCCAAAAUACUCAAACAUGCCCCCGCCACCAGGCUCGUUCGCCAGCGUCUCCGCCUCCAGCGUCCACACG